UGCGCCCGGCGGCCAGUCGGCAGUCAGCCACAGCCACCAGCCCGUCGUCCCGCCAGGUGGCUCAGCACAGUGCAGUGAGGUCGGUCGCGCGCGCCACACGCUACGCUACCAGUCAACAGCGGUCCCAGUUCCGAGGAGAUGGCACAGCGGAGGAUCGGCGGCGGCGCGCUCGGCUUGGCGGCGGUCCUGCUGGCGGCGAUGCUGACGGCCCAGGGUCGAACCCAGUCGCUGCGAGGGGGCCUGGCCAGGAGCGGCGGCGGCAACGACCCCAGUGACGUAGCCCGCCAGAACCAAAUCACCCAGCAGAUCCUCGCCCAGUACCUGCAGAGGCGGCUGUUCCCCCAACUCAACGCGCCGAGGUUCCCGACCAACAAGUUCUUCCCGCGCACCGCCAAGUCGACGACGACGACGACGACGACUACGGAACGGCCGCCGCCGGAGCUGGAGCCGGAGCCGGAGGCGGAGGCGGAGCUGGAACCGGACUACGAACCGGAGCCGGACGAGGACCCUCCGGAGGACAUCCUGCACGUGCCCGACAAGCCCGACAGCCUCCAGGAGGGAGAGAGCGAGGAGGUGUCCAACUUCCUCAGCUCCCAAGGUGGAGAGUGCACCAACUGCGUGGACGAGAGUGCAGGAGCCGCGGUGGUCAACAGGUGGACCAUGCCGCUGCUCAAGCUGGGCGAGAAGCGCUACUACCUCGGCAUCUUCUUCAAGGCCAACUGGUAUCGCGCAGCGCAGUACUGCCGCUACCACGGGAUGCACCUGGCCAGCAUCAACAGCCAGGAGGAGAACGACCGCCUCGAGAAGCACAUACGAGACUUCGGUCUGGGCCACGAGCACUUCUGGACGUCCGGCACCGACCAGGCGGAAGAAGGCACCUUCUUCUGGAUGGCGACCGGCCGGCCCAUCACCUUCACCAACUGGAACACGGGCGAGCCCAAUAACUUCCGCUACGAGAACGGCGAGGAGGAGCACUGCCUCGAGCUGUGGAACCGCGACGGCAAGGGCCUCAAAUGGAACGACAGCCCCUGCUCGUUCGAGACCUUCUUCGUCUGCGAAGUGCAGUGAUCGGUCGGACUGGAAGCAGGGGACAGUGAGCGGAGUUUUCAGCGGGCGGCGACCGAGCGAGCGCGUCUGGACCUCCCAGUUGUCUCGGUCGCGUCCGCUCCGUUUCCAAAGACUAACAAGUGGUGCCCAACUUCCGUGGUGAGCCCCGGCCGUCUUCGCGUGCUCCGGCGAGGGAACUUCGCGAAGCUGACCUCUGGAAACUGGAGAAACGCGAUCUCGCCCUGCAGUCACUGCCGCUCUCUCACUUUUCCGUGUCCGCGUAUCUUAAUUACUACUGAAAUGUGUCUCCCAGAGCAAAUGGAUUCUAGUUAGCUCAGAGGAUUAAUAAUUUCACAUUGGUGAGCCUCUAAGUUAGACUUAGCAGAUGAGAGUAACGUUUUUCUUCCCCCCCUCCUCCCCCUCUUCUUGGAACUAACAGACCGGCUCAGUCUAUCAUGGUCCAAAUGACUACGUUCCUCUCCUGUUAUUUCAAUAUUUCAAUCAGGUUUUCUGUCCUCUAACCAAAUAGGUACCACAAUUUUUUUUUCAAACAAAAAUGUACGUCAUGAGAAAGAGUGACAGGUAAGAAAUAAUGUUUCCUGUUACGAAGCGUUUUCUUACAACCGCCUAGAUUCGAUCUGUAACCUUGCUAAUGUAUGGUCUUCCGCCAUCGAUUUCGGUCCAUGAAUCUACGCAGGAAUUGCGUGUGAAAUUAAACCAACUUUACAUAUAAUCCAAAUGUGCUGUACGGUUGCUUAUCUGUUGAGUCAACACCCGCUCGAGACACAACACACCCUUCCUGCAUCCAGCGACAGUAGCUGGGGAGAAAAUGAGGUAAUUCCACUGCUCUAUUUCGUAAAUGCUACCACAACCGCAGGAUAGGUCGCAAUCGAAUCAUUUAGCGGAAAAAAAAAACUAAUUUCGUAUUUCCCUCGCCGGACCGUGGAUUGCCUUAGCUGCCAUGUGAAACCUACUAUUCUCGUUUCCUGAGACUUAACCCUUUCUUUGAAAUUCCUUAAUUUUAACAAGCAGGCCGCUGGCCACAGAUCUCCACGUUGCGUCAGUCUUUCUCAUUCCAGUUACGUCCGCCCGUGUUCUGUUGCAGUUAACGAUCACGAAGUGCCUCAGAACUCGCCAUAAAUGAACUUUGCUACAUAAUAUCCGCGUAACUCGAGGAAGACAGCGUGUCUUGCCGGAUCACGUCCGGAGGAAAGUGCUUAUUUACAACGUAACAGAGACGGCGGAUUCAAUGGCUGCCACUUCAUUCGCACAGUUCAUGGUAUGUUAGUGUUUUGUCAGGCUGCAAGCGUGAAUGUCUGGGUGAAAGCUACCGCCACUUCGUUGCGCCUGUUUGCGUAACGAAGGGCUCAUUCAGGGAAUACUUUUAAUUUCGACCAGUG